GGAGGAACCGGCGGCGGGCUCCGCCUCCCGGUAGGCAGGGGCAGAGGCGGAGCGAGGCUGGGCCGGAGCGGCCGGCUCAGUCACCGCCGGCUGCGGUCGUCGCGUCGCGGGUGUGAGGUGGUCCCGUUAAACUAGCCUCUCGCCGGCCCCGUUCCUCAGGGACCGGUAAAGAGUCUCUGGCAGUGAGCGGGGCCGGGCCAUGCCGUGUCGGGCGCUGCUCCUUUCCCAUCUCCUCUGUCUCUUCCUCCUCGGCAUGGUCUGGGCCUCGGGCGCAGAAUCUUCUCCUCAUUUACCAGCACCAAAGGAUGUGAGAGUUCAUUCCUAUAACUUUCAUAGCUCACUGAGGUGGUCUCCUGUUGAAGUGGAUAGAGGCUUAGUGUUGUAUACAGUCCAUUUUAAAACAGGGGCCAUUAACCAGUGGGGUGAGAUGAACUGCACACGUAUCUCCCAAACCGAAUGCAGCCUCCCCUGGUCACUGAAGGAGCGGCGCUGGACUCUUGUGUUGCGUGUGAGGGCUGAGCUAGGGCAAGUGACUUCUGACUGGGUGGAAACGGAUCCAUUUGUGGCAGAGAGAAACACUACUAUAGGUCCCCCUCAAGUGAAGAAUGUGAUUGAGAACUCUCACUCCCUUCUCAUUAGUGUCAUGCCACCUUUUGGAUCUGAAGCAGGUGAAUUUCUUCAGUAUCAUGUGUCCUACUGGGAAAAUGCAACAAGUACUACUGUAAAAGAGACAAAGACGAGCAGUACACUAUUCAAAAUUGGCAAUCUAAAGGAAUUGACACUUUAUUGUUUUAGAAUUCAAGCAGAAUUGAGGACGCAUUCAGAUCACCAGUUACUUGGACUGCAAAGUGCCCUAAAGUGUCACAGAACUACAAUCGGUGAGGCAACUAGAGCAGGAUAUGUUAUACUAAUAUUUGUACUGGUGUUACUUUCUGUAUCAGUUGGUUUGUUUCUUCUGUGGCAGCGCCACAAAACAAUUAAGUAUUGGACUCGUCCACCUUUACAAAUCCCAUCACACUUCGAAGAGUAUUUAAAGGACCCUACUAUGCCUGUUUUAGAGGUGUUGGACAAUUGUGCUGAGGAUGAUCCCCACGAUUCCUUGUCUGUUGUAUUUUUUGGAGAAGAAAGCCCAGCCUCGAGCAGCAGUUUGGAUAGUCAAGCUCAUUUACACAGCAUCUCCCAGGAUAGUGAAGUAACAUAAGCAGUGGCCUAGUGAGAGUGCCUGCACCAAGUCUUUGGAGGGGCUUGUGGCCAUGAACAGUGCUGUGUGGCUGCUGGCAGCACAGACAACAAGCUCUGGACACAAUUCAGCCAGUGACAAAUGCCGACCAAGAUGCUGCUUCGUGGGAAUCACAUGAACCCUGAGCCUUUGUUGACUUGGCUUCUGCUUUGUUCUGCCACAGACUGAAAGCCAGAACAUGAAAGAGAAAUGAACACUAAAUUGCUUAAAGAAAGACAGAUGGUUCUGAAAUGGUUAUAGUGACAUCACUGAGAACUAAUAGCACUUUAUAGUAAAUGUAGUACACCCCGGAAUUUUUCAGUGAGUAAUUGCACCAUGAAUUACUUCUAGUGUGGCUUUUGCUUUUUUGUGGCCCUGCAAAGUCUAUGUUAGCAUCCAGUGUGUAUUAUAUUCAUGCUAGUAUGCUUUUCUGAGUCAUUUUAAGUAUGUGCCAUUUUCUGUGGCAGCUCCUUCCCUCCAGAUAAAAAUGACAGUCUAUAAAGAAAAUUUACUUUAUUCUCUUCAGCAUCAUGAAUCUGUGGACAAGAACUGCUCUAAGAAAGACCUCCUACUAUCUGCCUCCUAAGACAUUUCAUGAGAAGCAUUAAUCUUCUGCUCCUGCACUGAGACAGUCAUUCUGUACAGUGAACUAAAUUUUAAAGGAAUUUUGCUCAGGAUUUAUACAACGUGCAUCAGUAAAAUCAGACACUAAAAUCUCUUGCUGACUAUCACUUUCAUCCUGCAAAGCUCACUGAGAGUUGUGUUUUGAGUCCUUUAAAGCAGAAGACCAGUUAAGCCACACAUCACAAUCUUGUUCCAUACUGAAAAGUUUGGGGCUGUGUAACUUUUUUCCUGUGUUUGAUACAAGUUGUUGGUUUUGUUGUUUUUUUUUAAAUGAAGAAAUAUACUUAGUUAUUUGCAAA